AUGUAUUACUUUAUGCUCUUUUUACAAGUACCAGCUACUGGUAUUACCACCACCACCACACCACUCUUUGUUCCUAUUACUGCUGCUGCUACCAGCAUAAGGGUCAGGCACCGAGAAAUGGCAUCUUACUGGUAUUCUACAGACGGCAUGGAUCACAAACGGCUUUCGACACGCCACCUUGAACUAUUAGACCGAGCCUUUGAGCGACGAGCACGAGUCGAGAUUCGAGACGACCAAGCAUUUGGCAUUGUACCUGCCAUUGCUGAUCCAUUCCUGGGUACAAUGACUUCAGGCGACAUUCACUAUGGUCUCUAUAGAAACCCGUCACUACGACAAAGUGAAAGCAACUGUAGCCUAGAUACACUGAUCUUGGUUGACAGUACAGCAGCAAUUUUACCACCAUCGCCGACAAAUGCCUUCCAGCAGCAGUCAAGAAGUCGCUAUAAUAGUCCAGCCUCAGUCUCAGCAGGAGCAGCAGCAGCAGCAGGAGGCCUAAAUGGUCUGGAUGACAAUUUUGUCUUGGUGGCUUCCGAUCGUAAUAUCAUAAGACGGCCGUCUCAGCAAAACCGAAGUAUCCAUGUUCCGUCAUCUGUUAAUAAUAAUCGUCGUAUGGCCGAGGAAGAAGAAUGCGUCUGCUGCAUUAUCUCGUAA